AUGGAGCAGGUAAAGAUCCCUGCUAAACAUGUGGAACAAGCGUCCUUACUGGCGGAGGCUCAAGCCGAACCGCUCAUGUGGAAACCUGCGUUCUCGACUCUGAAAUGUGAAAAAGUUCUCGAGUGUUCACGUCGACUACUGAGCAACAACACGCUACUAUUUAAGCUGGUGCGGUGGUUCAAUUUCCGCGUCGAACACGACCGAGUUCAGCCUAAUAGUGUCGACAUUCGAGACACUGAGGCUUCACUUGACAGCAAGAGCACAAUGACCGAUUCGUCCAGGACGUUGGAGAUGCUCUUUAGCGAUGCGUUGCUGUACUUGGAGCCGGGCCAGACCGCCAUCUUCAUGCAGAUGAAAGAGGCCUUCCGCUUGGCAGACAAGGACUGUAGCGGCGAGAUCGACGCGGACGAAGUGGCAGACAUGCUGGAAACCAUCGUCGCCCAGUCUGGCACGGUCAAGCAAGGCGAGAUCCACAAAUACGUCGAUGAAUUCAUGCGUGUGGUGGACAAGGAUAACAGCGGCUUGGUGUCGCUCGAAGAGCUCGUCGAGGCGCUGGAGAACGGCCUCAAGCUCGAGGUGGAGGUGUACACGCAACGUAAACCCAAGGCCUCGGUUCUGGUAGCCAGACCGGAGCAUGUGCUGGCAGCUAUCAAUGAGAACAAGGACAAUGCGAGCGAGAGCGACGAGCCGAAGGUCGAAGCGAAUGUCAACAAUUCUCGAGCCGCGAUGCCGUCACGUGAGAGUUAUCGGAACUCGUCCCAAGCUUCGUCUGUUGAGAAGAACAAGAGAGUCUCGUCGGCUGCGUCAUCGGAUCCUGCCAUGUGUCGCGAGCACGACGUUCUAAAUACUGCGUACGUGGAAUGGCUGCUGGAAGAACGUCGCUACGAGAAGGUGUCGAUGGAGGAGCCCUUACUUCUCAACUGUCUCGUCAGUGGGGCGGGGGGUAUUGCCAAGAGUCACACAGAGAUGGCAGAGAUCGUCGUAACCUCCUAA